GCGCGCUCUCCGCGGCCGGGCCGGGGCCGGGCGGACGCGGCGGUCUGGCGGCUGUGGUUUGGGUCCUGUGGUGAACGGCAGAGCGAGGAGGCCGGAGAUCAAGGGGCAUCGAGACGAGCGGGCGGGCCCGCAUGGCGGGGGUGCGUAGGGCUGCCGGUUGAUCUUGGCGUUGCUGCUUACUGCCGCCUCCUCCUCCUCCUUCUCCUCCUACUCCACCACCUCCCGGCGCGAUGUCGAAUCCCGGUACCCGCCGGAACGGCUCCAGCAUCAAGAUCCGCCUCACAGUAUUAUGUGCCAAGAACCUUGCAAAGAAAGAUUUCUUCAGACUUCCUGACCCCUUUGCAAAAAUAGUUGUUGAUGGGUCAGGCCAGUGCCAUUCCACUGACACUGUGAAGAACACAUUGGACCCCAAAUGGAACCAGCAUUACGAUCUCUACGUUGGGAAGACAGAUUCCAUAACCAUCAGUGUCUGGAACCAUAAAAAAAUCCACAAGAAACAGGGAGCUGGCUUCCUGGGGUGUGUCCGACUCCUCUCUAAUGCCAUCAGCAGGCUAAAAGAUACUGGAUACCAGCGUUUGGAUCUAUGCAAACUAAACCCCACCGAUACCGAUGCUGUACGAGGCCAAAUCGUGGUCAGUUUACAGACAAGGGACAGAAUAGGCACAGGAGGUUCUGUAGUAGACUGUAGAGGGCUUUUGGAGAAUGAAGGUUUCCCCAUUCUCAGAACGGUUUAUGAAGAUUCCGGACCGGGAAGGCCGCUGAGCUACUUCAUGGAAGAACCAGCACCGUACACAGACACUACAGGGGCUGCUGGGGGAGGAAACUGUCGCUUUGUGGAGUCUCCAAGUCAAGAUCAGAGGCUGCAGGCACAGCGACUGCGGACUCCUGAAGUCAGGGGCCACGUCCAGACGCCUCAGAACAGGCCACACGGCCACCAGUCGCCUGACCUACCAGAAGGCUACGAGCAAAGGACAACGGUACAGGGCCAGGUGUAUUUUUUGCACACACAGACUGGAGUUAGCACAUGGCAUGACCCUAGGAUACCAAGAGACCUUAACAGUGUGAAUUGUGAUGAGCUGGGACCUUUGCCUCCAGGCUGGGAGGUCAGAAGUACAGUUUCGGGAAGAAUCUAUUUUGUAGACCACAACAACAGAACCACACAAUUCACAGAUCCACGACUACAUCACAUCAUGAACCAUCAAUGCCAGCUAAAAGAGCCCAGCCAGCAGCCUCUGCCAGCUCCAAACGAGGGAUCACUAGAGGAUGGUGAGGAGUUGCCUGCACAGAGAUAUGAAAGAGACUUGGUACAAAAGUUGAAAGUUCUUAGACAUGAGCUCUCUCUUCAGCAACCACAGGCUGGCCACUGUCGCAUUGAAGUAUCCAGGGAGGAAAUAUUUGAGGAAUCCUACCGCCAGAUCAUGAAGAUGAGACCAAAGGACCUGAAAAAGAGGCUGAUGGUGAAAUUUCGAGGGGAGGAAGGCCUGGAUUAUGGAGGAGUAGCAAGAGAAUGGUUGUAUUUGCUGUGCCAUGAAAUGUUGAAUCCCUAUUAUGGGCUCUUCCAGUACUCCACAGAUAAUAUUUACAUGCUGCAAAUCAAUCCAGACUCUUCUAUCAAUCCUGACCAUUUGUCUUAUUUCCAUUUUGUUGGUCGGAUAAUGGGUUUGGCUGUGUUCCAUGGACACUAUAUCAAUGGGGGCUUCACAGUUCCCUUUUACAAACAGCUUCUGGGGAAGCCCAUUCAGCUCUCUGAUCUGGAAUCUGUUGACCCAGAAUUACACAAAAGUUUAGUCUGGAUCUUAGAGAACGAUAUCACCCCAGUUCUGGACCAUACAUUCUGUGUGGAGCACAAUGCUUUUGGGAGGAUUCUGCAGCACGAGCUCAAACCAAACGGCAGGAAUAUUCCAGUGACAGAAGAGAACAAGAAAGAAUACGUCAGGUUGUACGUAAACUGGCGGUUUAUGAGAGGAAUAGAGGCACAGUUCCUGGCUCUGCAGAAAGGCUUUAAUGAACUCAUUCCUCAACAUCUCCUUAAGCCUUUUGACCAGAAGGAACUUGAGCUAAUCAUAGGAGGCCUGGAUAAGAUAGACCUGAACGACUGGAAGUCAAACACACGUCUAAAGCACUGCAUGGCAGAUAGCAAUAUUGUGAAGUGGUUCUGGCAAGCAGUGGAAACGUUUGAUGAAGAAAGAAGGGCAAGGCUGCUGCAGUUUGUGACGGGUUCGACGCGUGUCCCACUUCAAGGUUUCAAGGCUUUACAAGGUUCUACAGGCGCUGCAGGACCCAGACUGUUUACCAUCCAUUUAAUAGAUGCAAACACAGACAACCUUCCCAAAGCCCACACUUGCUUUAACCGGAUCGACAUUCCGCCUUACGAGUCAUACGAGAAGCUUUAUGAGAAGCUGUUGACAGCUGUGGAAGAGACAUGUGGGUUUGCUGUGGAGUGAAAAAGCAACCAAAGGAAACAGAUGCUAGCUCAUGGACCACCAAAUUAAAAGCUAGAAGAAGCUUGCUGUGAACUUCCUGCUAAGCUGUCUGAAGCAUCAGAACUCUAGACAACUUAGAGACAGGGCUGUUUCCCUUCCACCACUGGUGGAGGAGGGUGGGGGUGUGGGGGCUUUGGUUGGUGGUUUCCACCUCUGUUUUCUCCCCUUUGAUACAAUAACCCCUUCCCUCUUCUUCCAUUCCCCAUAAAACAAUAUGCAGCCAAGUUCAGCAUUGGGCUUUGGUUACACAGGAUAUUCUGCUAGGUUUGUAACACAUAUUGUGAUAGGGUCAGUGACCUGGGGUUGGUUUGUUGUGGUUUUGGGUUUUUUUUUUAACAAGAGGAUCAAAGUGUAAUUAAGAAUGAGCUUAAUUUGCUGAGGACUUGCAACUGGUAGGUGUACCUGGUUAGUUUGUCUUAAAUCAAGCUUGAGCCCUUGUAGAGUCCGGGUUCAGAGUGUCUGACUGGCACUAGAAUUUACAUUGCACAUUUUAAACACCUGUUUAAAAAGCAAACUUCUAGCAGAAAAAUACCUCCAUAACAAACAUGUAAUUGAAAGGCAAAGAAAUCCAAGCUCUGCCUUAGCAGGAAGCUCCCAGUGGAAGCUGUGGCUCACCUUGAGAAAAGCGAAAGACUCUGGGACAGCUCAAAUGGUGUUGUGUGAUUUCUCUUCUUGGUUGUCCUGGCUGAAAUCUAAUUGUUUUGCACAUGAAAGCAGUUAUUUCAUCCUGCAGAAUUACUUUCCAUAGUUCAGCUAGCUCUGAGUAUCUUGCAGGGAAGCCUUGUAAGGAGGAGAACAGAGGACAGAAAAAAGCCCUGUUUGAGCCCAAAGCUGUGAUUUCUGUGCCGCGGUUUUACCCGAGAUGCAGUUGUGCAACUUCAGAUGCUAAGACUCGCAUGGAAAUCACUGAGAGCAACAGAGCAGACUUCAGUUCUGAACUUUUUGACCUUGGGAAAGGUUUAUUUGGAGUUUGAGGUAAAAGGGUAACUAUACAGUGAGUACCUUUUAAAUGUUGUGGAAAGCUAUUGGAAGAAUUUAUGACUUCAGUUCUGUAGGGAUGAAAAUGUCUCCAGAGAGCCAUACCAGGCUCUUUAUUAUACUUU